CUUUAUUCGUUAUUUUCAAUUUUGCUUUCUCUUCCUUUCGCCAUUCGUGGGUUUUUCGACUUAUAUCCCCUUCGUGGCAUUCUCGUUUCUUGUGAUUUCUCGUUGACAUUAGUCGAUUGAACAUGAGUAACGCUCCCGAAAAAGAUCAGGCCAGUCUGGAGCAGCAGUUGGCUGCUCCAGACUUGCAAAACACAAAUGCAAAAAAACAAGGUUCUACUUCUGUCCUUAAGAAUAAGAAAACAGAUACUAAAAAAAAUGAAAAACCACCAAAACCGCAAAAAUCGGUUGAAGAAAAUAGUAAGCAACAAGGAAAGUUUGUGGAAUUACCAGGAGCUGAAAUGGGAAAAGUGGUUGUUAGAUUUCCUCCAGAAGCAAGUGGAUAUUUGCAUAUUGGACAUGCAAAAGCUGCUCUCUUAAAUCAACAUUACCAAUUGGCUUUUAAUGGCCGUUUAAUAAUGCGUUUUGAUGACACAAAUCCAGCAAAGGAAAAAGAAGAUUUUGAGAAGGUUAUAUUAGAAGAUGUUGAUAUGUUGAAAAUUAAACCUGAUAUUUUUACAUAUACUUCUGAUCAUUUUGAUAAAAUGUUAGAUAUAUGUGAGAAUGGAAUGUUAAAAGAAGGCUUAGCUUAUGUGGAUGACACUGAUGGAGAUAAAAUUCGUUUGGAACGUGAACAACGGAUAGAUUCAAUAAAUCGAAACAACUCAAUCGAGAAGAACCUAGAGUUGUGGAAACAAAUGGUUUUAGGUACAGAAAUUGGUCAAAAGUGUUGUGUUCGAGCCAAAAUUGAUAUGCAAUCGGCAAAUGGAUGUUUGCGUGACCCUACUAUAUAUCGUUGUAAACCAGAACACCAUCCUAGAACUGGUGAUAAGUAUAAAGUUUAUCCAACUUAUGACUUCGCUUGUCCUAUUGUGGAUAGUUUAGAAGGCGUUACUCAUUGUUUACGUACCACAGAGUAUACUGAUCGAGAUGCACAAUAUUAUUGGUUUUGUGAUGCAUUAAAACUCGGAACUCGCAACCAUGAAACCCGACCUUAUGUGUGGUCAUAUUCAAGAUUAAAUAUGACUAAUACUGUUCUGUCGAAAAGAAAGUUAACUUGGUUUGUUGAACAAGGUCAUGUAGAUGGAUGGGAUGAUCCACGCAUGCCGACUGUUCGUGGUGUAUUAAGGAGAGGUAUGCAGGUCGAAGCAUUGAAACAAUUCAUUGUGGCCCAAGGCUCUUCCAGAACUGUUACAGCUAUGCAGUGGGAUAAAAUUUGGUCAUUGAAUCGCGGUAUCAUUGAUUUAAUAGCACCAAGGCAUACUACUUUAUUGUUAUCCAAUUCAAAUAAAGAAAAUGCUGUAUUAUCUUAUCCACCUGUUGAAGUUGUGGUAGAAGAUGUUAAAAAAGCAUAUAAAAUUGACAAUGUCCCUAGACAUCCUAAAAAUUCCCAACUAGGAUUAAAAAAUUGUGUCUGGGCAGCACCUAAAAUUCUUAUAGAUUAUAGUGAUGCAGAGUUAUUAGAAGCUGGACGUCAUGCGACAUUUAUAAACUGGGGCAAUCUUUUAAUAAAUCGUAUUGAAAGGAAUCAAGAUAAUAAAAUAGAGAAAAUUUAUGCAGUGUCUGACCUUGGGAACACUGAUUUUAAAUCUACCAUUAAAGUUACUUGGUUACCUAGUACUGAUAAUUCAGAAUCUGAAGAAGUCUUGCCUAUUUUGGUACCAGUUGUUUGUGUUUAUUUUGAUAAUUUAAUCAGUAAAGCAGUAUUAGCCAAAGAUGAUGAUUUUAAGGAUUAUUUAAAUACAGAAAAUAGUCGUUGGGAAUUGCAAAUGUUAGGUGAUUCGGAAUUGAAAGAUAUAAAGAAAGGAGAUGUGAUUCAAUUACAACGUAGAGGUUACUUUAUAUGUGAUUCAACAAACCAGCCAUUUAGCAUUCACACUGGGAAAGAAACUCCAUUAGUAUUGUUUAAUAUACCUGAUGGUCACACAAAAACAACUCCAAUAACUACUGUUCCUGUAGCAAUUGCCCAAAGUAAUGCUAAGGAUAAAAAAUCUAAAAAAAAAGACAAUAUUGCCGUGACCACUUCUAAAACGACUGAUAAUACGAACACCAAAAAAGUUACCAAAUUAGGGUUAGAAGUACCAAAAGUAUCAGAAAAUCUUGGAGAAUGGUAUUCUCAAGUCUUAGUUAAAGGCGAGAUGAUUGAGUAUUAUGACGUAAGUGGAUGUUAUGUGAUUAGGCCUUGGGCCUAUAGAAUAUGGGAAUUAAUACAAGAAUGGUUUGAUGCCCGGAUUAAAAGAAAACCUCUUAAUGUACGCAAUUGCUACUUUCCAAUGUUUGUAUCACAAAGUGCAUUAGAAAGAGAAAAAGAACAUAUUGCAGAUUUUGCACCAGAGGUUGCUUGGGUUACCAAAUCUGGCGAAACAGAUUUAGCUGAGCCUAUUGCUAUAAGACCAACUAGCGAAACAGGAAUGUAUCCGGCUUUUGCCAAAUGGAUUCAGUCUUAUAGAGAUUUGCCUUUGAAACUCAAUCAAUGGAACAGCGUUGUGAGGUGGGAAUUUAAACAUCCACAACCAUUCUUGAGAACUAGAGAGUUUUUGUGGCAAGAAGGUCAUAAUGCAUAUGCAACUAGAGAAGAAGCAGAACGUGAUGUAUUAAUAAUAUUAGGUUAUUAUGAAUAUGUCUACAAGAAUAUUCUGGCAGUACCAGUUAUAAAAGGUAAAAAAACAGAAAAAGAAAAGUUUGCUGGAGGAGAAUUCACUACUACUUGUGAAGCAUACGUAGCGUCUAGCGGUCGAGCAAUUCAAGGCGCCACUUCCCAUUACCUGGGUACCAAUUUUGCUCAUAUGUUUGAUGUUCAUUUUGAACAUCCAGAUACACAUGAAAAAACAUUUGUUCAUCAGAUUUCAUUUGGAAUGACCACAAGAACAAUUGGUGUUAUGGUAAUGGUUCAUGGUGAUGAUCGUGGGCUUGUCUUACCUCCACGCAUAGCGUCUAUUCAGGUAAUUAUAGUACCAUGUGGUGUAGGCGCUAGUACAGCAAACGAAGUCAAAGAGAAUUUGACUAAAACCUGUUUAGAUGUAUGCAACCGCUUGAAAGGAAAUAAUUUAAUAGAUGAUGAUGAUAAUAAUGACAAUAGUGUUGCCCAACAUCAUAAGUCUUCGACAAUAAUCAGAGCAGAUACAGACUUACGAGAUAAUUAUUCACCUGGAUGGAAGUUCAACCAUUGGGAGUUAAAGGGAGUUCCAUUGAGGUUGGAAAUUGGACCAAAAGACUUGGAUCGAAACCAAAUGGUAGCUGUACGGCGAGAUAGUGGAGAGAAACUAACUAUUUCCUUAGAAGGAUGUUCAAAAGAUAAUGAUGGAAAUGAUAAGAUGGUUGUAAGAAUAACUGAAUUAUUGAAUCAAAUACAGCAAGAUAUGUACGCUAAAGCAGAAAAGGAAUUGAAAGAAAAUGUUGUAAUAUGUCGUAAAUGGUCUGAAUGUGCUGCACAUUUAGCAGCAAAACGUUUAUUAUUGAUUCCGUUCUGUGGACGUCCUAACUGCGAGGAUAACAUCAAACGUGAUACCACAUUGGAUGAUGGUACCGCAGAAGUUGGAGCUUCAACAAUGGGAGCAAAAUCAUUAUGCGUACCAUUUGAACAACCUAAGGGAGAUGAACAAUUAAAAUCCAAUGAUCAAUGUAUACAUCCAGAAUGCGGACUAACAGCUGGGUCAUUUACACUAUUUGGACGCAGUUAUUAAACUAAAAUGUUUGCUAGUUUUUACCUAAUAAAACUAUGAUGUGCAUUUUAUUUUAACUUUUGUGUAAAAAUUACAACUCCUCUUUUUGAUGUUUAUCUAUAAAUACAAUACCAUAAUUUACAAA